ACAAAAACGGGCCCGAUGUUUCCCAUCCGUCAGAUUUGUGUGUAACACAACCAUAGAAACACUCGGAAGUGGACGGCAGUCGCACGAUUGAAGGUGGUUGGUAGGUGGUCGGUGGAUACAUUUGAUCGAAGUGCAGCUGUUUGUAAGAACUGGCUGUGGCCAUGCCAAAGCUGCAGGGUUUCGAGUUCUGGAGGACCACUCUUAAGGGGGCACGCUAUGUUGUGGCUCCCAUGGUGGACCAGAGCGAGCUGGCAUGGAGGCUGUUGAGUCGCAGGCACGGUGCUGAGUUGUGCUACACCCCCAUGCUGCACGCGCAGGUUUUUGUGCGUGACCCUAAUUAUCGCCGUGAGAACCUAUACAACGAAGCUUGUCCAGAAGAUAGACCCCUCAUUGCACAGUUCUGUGCAAAUGACCCAGAAGUCUUUGUCAAGGCUGCUUUGCUGGCUCAGGAUUACUGUGAUGCCAUUGAUCUCAACUUGGGCUGCCCUCAGAUGAUCGCUAAGAGAGGACACUAUGGUGCCUUUCUACAGGAGGAGUGGAACCUUCUGGAGAAGAUGCUCACACUAGCCAAUGAGAAAAUUUCAGUGCCUCUCACAUGUAAAAUCCGAGUGUUCUCGGAGAUCGAAAAAACAGUGGAGUACGCCAAGAUGCUGGAGAAGGCUGGAUGCCAGCUGUUGACUGUCCAUGGCCGAACCAAAGAGCAAAAAGGAGCGAUGACCGGCAUUGCAAGCUGGGAGCACAUCAAGGCUGUGCGGAAAGCAGUGAACAUCCCUGUGUUUGCGAAUGGGAAUAUCCAGCACCUGAGUGACGUGCAGCGCUGCAUGGAUGAGACGGGCGUGCAUGGGGUCAUGAGUGCAGAGGGGAAUCUCCACAACCCGGCACUGUUUGAGGGCUCCAGCCCGCCUGUGUGGGAGAUGGCGGAGGAGUACCUGGAGGUUGUUCAGCAGUACCCCUGCUCCCUGUCCUACGUCCGCGCGCACCUCUUCAAACUCUGGCACCACACACUGCAGAUCUAUCAGGAGCUAAGAGAAGAGUUGGCCAAGGUGAAGACCCUGUCUGGAAUGGCGGAGGUCAACAGACAGCUGAAGCAGCGCUGCCAGGAGGAAAUGGCCAAGGGGGGAGACGGGCGGAAGAGCGUAAAUGGUCUGCCGUUCCCGCAUUGGAUCUGCCAACCAUACGUGCGACCCGUCUCAUUUAGUAACUCGACUGCAAUUUCAUGGCCAAAGGAACCAGGGAGUGAGAACGGGCAACCCAAGCCACAGACGAAGGUGACGUGUGUGAAGAGAGCACUGGAGGACAGCGAUGGCACCACAGAAUUCCUCUCCAAAAACAAGCAAAAGAAGAAAGCCCGCAACCCCCACAAGAAUUUCAACCUGGAGCAGAAACCAAAGUACAUCAGGUGUGAGCAGUGUGGAAACCCAAAGGGCAAUAAGUGCGUCUUUAGCUUGUGCCGCGGGUGCUGCAAGAAGGCGGCGUACAAGGCGACUGCUGACUGCCCUGGUCACGGGCUGCUGUUCAAGACGAAGCAGGAGAGAGCCUUAAAGCUGAAGAGUGAAGAGGCUCAGAGGGCAGCGAACGGGGAGAGCGCUGUCCAGGCGGGGGGGGAGCCCGUGGCCUGAGGGUGCGCACAAGGACACAAACGCUCCCACAUGCGCCCCGAGGCUACUGACCGCAGGGGCGGGCAGGGCGGGGCGGGGAGGGGCGGGGAGGGGGGAGCAGAGGGGACCAGCCGCACGCUCAGGCUCGCAAACCCUCUCAGGGUCCCUUCCCCUCGGUGGACAGCGUCAGCACAGCUCAGUUUACAGAGGAACGGGCAACGUCCUCAGCUCGUUCUCCCGUUAAAUCUUUGCCGUUUUUACAUUUGCCUUUUUUAUUUUUAUUUUUAUUAUUUUUUUUGUGUGUGUGUGAUCAAGUUAAGCCCAUUUGCUUAUGUUGUUUUUUUUUUUCUCCUGUGCAUUACUUUCCUUCAGAAUGCAACCCAUCCCUUUUUUCAGGAAAGUGAAGCUCGGUUAAACAAGAAUUUUAUAAAAGAGUAUUUUAUCUGGCAAGGAAAAAAAAGGAACUACACAUGGACAGAAUGUUCUUGAGAUGAAAUGCUUUUAUUAAAUAAGAGGACAGGGAUCACGUAGCCUUGGCUUACUAGACACUGGAUACAAGGCAGCUUGACACUGACCAUUUUAAAAAGUACAGAGAACAAGAAGGUCUAUGGAAUUUAACAAAUCUCCGGUCAAUUCAGUACAAAUAAAUGGUUGUUGUGUGUAUGGAAUCUGUA